AAAGCAGAUCUCUGCCACUCUCUGACAUACAGGAAGAAGUUCAAUAAGCCUGACAGAAGACGCCACAUCUUGAAGAAGCUCGUUUGAAAUACAUAUACACGUCUUUUGCUCUACUAUAUAGUGGACCUGUUGGCUGAUAAAGUCGAGCAUGAAGAGGGAGUGUUGAUGAUCCGGACGCGGCGCCGUAACCCGUGGAUUACUUCAAGCAAAGACAUGGGGGAAGCAGGGCACGUUUGAAACCGAUCGUCACGUCUCCGAAAUGUCAGAGCACAGGUCCAGCUUCCUUCACAUCGGAGACAUCGUGUCUCUCUACGCGGAAGGCUCGGUGAACGGCUUCAUCAGCACUUUGGGUCUUGUCGAUGACAGAUGCGUAGUCCAGCCUGAUGCGGGAGACUUGGCAAACCCUCCCAAAAAGUUCAGAGAUUGCCUCUUCAAGGUGUGUCCCAUGAACAGGUACUCUGCCCAGAAGCAAUUCUGGAAGGCGAAACAAGGAAAACAAGGAAACAACAACACGCAGGCAGACUUAUUCAAGAAGUUACAACAUGCCGCAGAGCUUGAGCAGAAGCAGAAUGAGUCUGAAAAUAAGAAGCUCCUUGGAGAAGUUGUUAAAUACAGUAAUGUUGUCCAGCUCCUGCACAUCAAGAGUAACAAGUACCUGACAGUGAACAAGCGUCUCCCAGCCUUGCUGGAAAAAAAUGCCAUGCGGGUUUCUCUGGAUCCAGCUGGGAAUGAGGGAUCCUGGUUCUACAUUCAGCCUUUCUGGAAGCUUCGCAGUGAAGGAGACAAUGUGGUGGUUGGAGACAAGGUUGUGCUGAUGCCAGUGAACGCAGGGCAACCUCUUCAUGCCAGUAAUAUUGAGCUGCUAGACAACACUGGCUGCAAAGAGGUUAAUGCAGUCAGCUGCAACACCAGCUGGAAGGUCACAUUGUUCAUGAAGUUUAGUGACUACAAGGAAGACAUCCUGAAAGGGGGAGAUGUGGUUAGGCUCUUCCACGCGGAGCAGGAGAAGUUUCUGACCUGUGACGACUACAAGAAAAAGCAGCAUGUCUUCCUCCGCACCACACUGCGACAGUCUGCCACCUCUGCCACCAGCUCCAAGGCUCUAUGGGAAGUUGAGGUUGUUCACUAUGACCCUUGCAGAGGUGGGGCUGGUCAGUGGAACAGUUUGUUUCGCUUCAAGCACCUCGCCACUGGCAAUUACCUCGCAGCUGAGGAAAACCCUGAAUUCAAAGACAAAACAAUUGAGCCUAAAGGAGAGAAUGAGACUGACUCUGUAUAUUGCAAGAGAAAGCAUCAAGCAGCAGACAAGAUUGCUUUCACGCUGGUUUCUGUCAAACAUGGUAAUGACAUAGCCUCCCUCUUUGAGCUGGAUGCCACCACGCUGCAGCGGGCUGACUGUCUGGUGCCCAGAAACUCUUACGUGAGGCUCAGGCACCUGUGCACUAACACAUGGGUGACCAGCACCAACGUGCCCAUUGAUGCAGAAGAGGAGCGCCCAGUCAUGCUAAAGAUUGGCACCUGUUCUACUAAGGAGGAUAAGGAAGCUUUUGCGAUUGUAUCCGUUCCCCUAUCAGAAGUCAGAGACUUGGACUAUGCCAAUGAUGCCAGCAAAGUCCUGGAGGCCACCGUGAGGAAGCUUCAAUAUGGAAACAUUGCUCAGAAUGAAAGGAGAUUCGUGACUAAGCUGCUGGAGGACCUGGUUUUCUUUGUUUGUGUGGUUCCAAAUAAUGGCCAGGAGGUUCUGUCCGUAGUAACACCUACACCCAACCGAGAGAGGCAGAAACUGAUGAGAGAACAGAACAUCCUUGCCCAGAUCUUUGGUAUCCUGAAGGCUCCAUUCACAGACCAGGGUGAUGGUCCCAUGUUGAAGUUGGAGGAUUUGGGAGACCAGCGCUAUUCCCACUUCAAGUAUAUGCUGAGACUCUGCUACAGAGUGCUGCGACACUCCCAGCAGGACUAUCGCAAAAACCAGGAGUAUAUAGCAAAAAAGUUCUCAAUCAUGCAAUCUCAAAUUGGAUAUGAGAUUUUGGCUGAGGAUACCAUCACUGCUCUGCUGCACAACAACCGCAAGCUGCUGGAAAAGCACAUCACAGCCAGAGAGAUUGAAACAUUUGUCAGCCUUCUGAGACGUAAUAGAGAACCUAGAUUCCUGGAUUAUCUUUCAGAUCUGUGUGUGUCCAAUAAGACCGCCAUCCCUGUCACACAGGAGCUUAUUUGCAAAUUUAUGCUCAACCCCGCCAACGCAGAUAUCCUUAUCCAGACAAAACUAAUCCCUAAUACCGAGACCACCCUGGAGUCCUCUCUGAUGCAGGAGGAUGGGGAAGAAGAGGAGGUUUGGCUGUACUGGAUCGACAGCCACAAGGAGCCUCAUGGCAAAUCUAUCCGCCAUCUGGCUCAGGAUGCCAAAGGCAACCAUAAGAUGGAUGUAGAUAUCAUCACUUACUACAGGUAUCAGCUGAACCUGUUUGCUAAAAUGUGCCUGGACCGUCAGUAUCUUGCCAUCAAUCAGAUCUCCUCUCAGCUUCCUGUGGACCUUAUCUUGCGCUGCAUGUUUGAUGACUGCCUGCCCUACAACCUGCGAGCCUCCUUCUGUCGCCUCAUGCUACAUAUGCAUGUGGACCGCGACCCACAAGAAGCUGUGGUUCCUGUGCGCUAUGCACGCCUGUGGACUGAGAUUCCAUCCAAGAUCACCAUCCAUGAGUUUGAAUAUGAGUCAGCAGAUUCCUCGAGGGAGGAGAUGAAGAGGAAGUUUGCUCCCACCAUGGAGUUUGUUGAAGAAUACCUCAAAGAUGUGGUCAGCCAGCCUUUUCCUUUUGGGGAAAAAGACAAGAAUGAACUCACUCUAGAGGUGGUGAAUCUAGCUCGUAACCUGGUGUACUUUGGUUUCUAUAGCUUCAGUGAGCUUCUGCGACUCACCCGCACUCUACUGGCCAUACUGGACAUUGUCCAACAACCGCUCACUUUCAUGAACAAGCUUAACAAAAGUCCAGAGGCUGGUAACAAUGUCCUGCGUACGAUCCACGGUGUUGGAGAAAUGAUGACUCAGAUGGUGAUGAGUCGAGGUGUGCCACAAGGCCUGCCUGACACGCCUCCCUCACUGCGCUAUGGCAAAGGACACAUGCUUCUGGACAAUGAGGACGUCAUGGUGAUGGACACUAAACUGAAGAUCAUAGAGAUCUUACAAUUCAUCCUGAGUGUGAGGCUGGAUUACAGGAUCACCUAUUUGUUAUCCAUCUAUAAGAAAGAGUUUGGAGAGAAGAGCAUAUCUGAGAGCGCUACUUUACAAACUGACAUGCUUCUGAUCAUCCCACCUUCUGAACCAGACAUUGAUGAGAUUGCGACUAAAGCAGAGAGCAUGUUUGCUGGGAGCUCAGAGUUAAGUGCCGUAGAGCUUGAUGAUGAAGGUGGCCGAACGUUUCUGAGGGUUCUGAUCCAUCUCAUGAUGCAAGACUAUCCUCCAUUGGUGUCUGGCUCACUUCAGCUCAUCUUCAAACACUUCAGUCAGAGAGCUGAAGUGCUGCAGGCCUUCAAACAGGUCCAGCUAUUGGUUUCAGAGCAGGACGUGGAGAACUACAAGCAGAUAAAGGCUGACCUGGAUCAACUGCGCCUAACUGUUGAGAAAUCAGAACUGUGGGUGGAGAAGAAUGGAGUCUAUAACGGUGAAGACCUUGGUGCCAGACAAGGCAAAGAGCAAAACAUAGAGGAGACUGGGUUGAACACAGUCCAUGAUGGAAACGAUAAACCUCAAAUUGACAGCAAUAAGGAAAACAACUAUAACAUUGUCAAAGAGAUCUUGUUGCGGCUCAGUAAGCUGUGUUAUCAUGGUAAAAAGAUCCGCACGCAGCAGCAGAGGCUUCUGAAGAACAUGGGGGCUCAUACUGUUGUCCUGGACCUGCUUCAGAUCCCCUUUGAGAAAAGUGAUGAGAAGAUGAAUGAGAUCAUGACCCUGGCACAUGCUUUUCUGCAGAACUUCUGCAGAGGGAACCAUCAGAACCAAUUUUUGCUACAUAAACACCUCAAUCUCUUCCUCACUCCAGGGUUGCUCGAAGCUGAAACAAUGCGUCACAUCUUUAUGAAUUACUACCAGCUGUGCAAUGAAAUCGGCGACCGCGUGGUUCAUCACUUUGUCCACUGCAUUGAAACGCAUGGGCGUCAUGUUCUGUACUUGAAGUUCCUGCAAACCAUUGUGAAAGCUGAAGGAAAGUAUGUGAAAAAAUGUCAGGACAAAGUUAUGACUGAGCUUGUGAACGGAGGUGAGGAUGUCCUGGUCUUCUACAAUGACCGCUCCUCAUUUCCAGUCUUACUACAGAUGAUGGGCUCUGAGCGUGAGCGCACUGAUGAAGAUGGAGCUCUGGCUUAUCACAACACGCUUGUAGAACUGCUUGCUGCCUGCACCGAGGGCAAGAAUGUCUACACUGAGCUAAAAUGCAACUCUCUGCUUCCGUUGGAUGACAUUGUCAAAGUUGUGACAGACGUCAACUGUGUCCCAGAGGUGAAAACUGCAUAUGUGAACUUUGUCAAUCACUGUUAUGUAGACACAGAGGUAGAAAUGAAAGAGAUCUAUACCUCCAAUCAUAUCUGGAAGCUGUUCGACAAUAUCCUGGUGGAUAUGUCCAGAGUGUGUAACACUACCACAGACCGAAACCAUGCCGAUUUGGCCCUUGAGAAGUAUGUGACAGAGACAGUGAUGGCCAUUGUCACAGGAUUUUUUAGUUCGCCAUUUUCUGUGAACCACUCCAAUCUUCAGACAAAUCAAUCAAUCUUCAUCAAGUUGCUCCAGUCAGCUUUCAGGCUUUACAACUGCACAUGGGUCACUCAGAAGGCAAAUAUUGAGAACUGCAUCAGAACACUAGCUGAUGUCGCUAAGGCACGGGCAAUCGCAAUCCCAGUUGACCUGGAUAGUCAAGUCAACACCUUGUGUCUAAAGGCCCACAACAACAUAAUUCAGCGGGCAGCAAAGGACUGGAGGUGCACUGCUCGCACGCGACCCCGCAAGGAGCAGCUGGGCGGCCCCGACUACAAGACCAUCAUUGAAAAGUUGCAGGGUGUUGUGUCCCAUCUGGAAGAGCAGUUCAGUCCGAUGGUUCAGGCCGAGUUUUCAGUGCUGGUGGAUGUCCUCCACAGUCCUGAGCUGCUGUUUCCAGAGGCCGCUCGCCUACGCUGUGAGAGUGGCGCGUUCAUGUCAAAGCUGAUCAAACACACCAAGAAGCUUAUGGACAAAGAGGAAAAGCUUUGCAUCAAGAUCCUGAAGACACUCCGAGAGAUGCUGGACAAAAAGGAAUGGUUUCAGGAGUCUGGAAAGGAAUUGAGAGAGAUUCUCCUCACACGCUACUUUGGAAAUCAAAGACUUAUUUCCAAGUCAGAGAUUGGGAGUGGAAGCAGCUCACCUGCUUCUUUUGCCAAGCCAACAUUCGGAGGAGGUUCUCUCACAACGGACUUUGAAAAGCCACUCAGUAGUAUAAUGGAGAUCCAGUGUCAGCUGGACAUUGUUGGGGCAUCUGAGCUGGUGAUUGACCUCAUUGUCAACACUAAGAAUGACCAAGUGUUUGAGGAGAGUGUCUUGUUGGGGAUUGCCCUUCUCCAAGGUGGAAAUACACAGAUACAGGACUCCUUCUAUAACCAAUUGUACAAGCAGAAGAAGUCAGAAAGGUUCUUUAAGGUUUUCUACGACCGGAUGCGUUUGGCCCAGCAGGAGAUCCGUGCAACCGUGUCGGUCAACAUGUUUGAGCUCAAUAGCAGAAAAAGAGAUGAUGACACUGACUUUAGUAGUGGCGGAUUCAGAAAAGGGAAAGACUCAAGACUUCAUAUGAGGGAGGACAUGCGAGGGCAACUUAAAGAGGCUUCGUCUGUGACCUCUAAGGCUUUCUGUGCUUUCCGAAAAGAGCUGGAUCCUGACCUUGAAGCCUUGUGCCAGAACAGUGAGGUGAAAGGGGCUGAAGAAGCCUUAGAGGAAACUCGGAUGAGCCAGGCCAUCACUAUUAUGAAACCCAUCCUACGGUUCCUUCAACUUCUCUGUGAGAACCACAAUUAUGAUUUGCAGAACUUUUUGCGCUCACAAAACAACAAGACCAACUACAAUUUAGUAUGUGAGACACUUCAGUUCCUGGACUGUAUUUGUGGGAGCACCACGGGAGGCCUUGGGCUGCUUGGCCUUUAUAUAAAUGAGAGCAAUGUUGACCUGGUUCGUCAAACUUUGGAAACAAUCACAGAGUACUGCCAGGGCCCCUGCCACGAAAACCAGACAUGUAUAGCCAGACAUGAGUCAAAUGGUAUUGACAUCAUUAUAGCGCUGAUUGUAAACCCCAUCAACCCCCUGGGGAAGAACCGCAUGGACCUGGUGCUUGAGCUCAAGAAUAAUGCAUCCAAGCUCCUGCUGGCUAUUAUGGAGAGCCGGCAUGACAGUGAGAACGCAGAGAAAAUUCUCUUCAAGAUGAGACCUGUUGAGCUUGUGGAUGUAAUGAAAGAGGCCUAUGCCCAGGCUCUGGAAAGUGAAGAGGAUGAGGACAGUGCUCUCGACCACAUCAAGCCACUGGAUGUUGGUCAUAACAUUUACAUACUGGCCCACCAGCUGGCUCGACAUAAUAAGAUCCUGCAGCAGAGUCUGAGGCCAGGGUUGAGUUUCGGGACUGGAUCAAGCUUGGACCCUGACAAUGAAAAGGAUGAUGCCCUCCAAUACUAUGCCAAUCACACAGCUCAGAUUGAGAUUGUGCGUCAUGACCGUACCAUGGAGCAAAUUGUAUUUCCAGUCCCCAACAUCUGUGAGUACCUUACCCAGGAGUCGAAAAUGCGUGUUUUCACCACCACUGAGCGAGAUGACCAGGGCAGCAAGGUUAAUGACUUCUUUCAGCAGUUUGACAACCUCUACAAUGAGAUGAGUUGGCAGAAGAAAAUCCGAAAAAAUAAGGCCUUGUUCUGGUUUUCACGCCACAUCUCUCAUUGGGGGAGUAUCUCCUUCUAUCUGGCCUGCCUGCUCAACAUCUGUGUGGCUGUAUUCUACCCAUAUGGAGAUGAAGGGACCUUAUCCAGCUUCUGUUGUCUAUUGCUGUGGGCAGCUUUGGCGGCUUCCAUUGCUUUAUUGCCAGUACUGCCCAAACCAUGUGGCAUCCUCUUUUUUCUGGUCUUCCUCAUUCUGCGUGCCAUUUACACCAUGGGCCUCCGUCCUGCUUUGUUAUUACUGGGUACCGUCAAUUUGUUCAACAAAUUAGUUUUUUUGGUGAGUUUUGUGGGAAACCAGGGGACGUUCACCCGUGGUUACAAAGCUGUCGUCAUGGACAUGCUAUUCAUCUACCAUCUGGGCUAUGCAAUCAUCUGUGUUCUGGGUCGCUUUGUGCACGAGUUCUUUUACAGCUUUCUGCUCUUUGACUUAGUAAUCAGAGAGGAAACGCUGCUUAACGUUAUAAAGAGUGUGACAAGGAAUGGACGCUCUAUUAUUCUGACCGCAGUUCUGGCCAUCUUUCUUGUCUACUUCUUCUCCAUCAUCGGCUUCCUCUUCCUCAAAGAUGACUUCCGCAUGGAGGUGGACCGUCUACCUGCAUCAGGAAAUGGACAUUUAUUCAGUAAAGAUUCAUGUACCAAAGAGGGAUGCCCCGUUUCCUCUAAAAUUGCUGCUGAUGAACACAAGGGAACAGAGAGGGUUUGCGACACUCUGCUCAUGUGUAUUAUCACAGUGUUGAACCAAGGACUACGUAAUGGCGGUGGUGUUGGUGAUAUCCUGAGAAGACCCUCUAAAGAGGAACCACUGUUUGCGGCCCGCGUGGUUUACGACCUGCUGUUCUUCUUCGUUGUCAUCAUCAUUGUUCUCAACCUCAUCUUUGGCGUUAUCAUCGACACCUUUGCAGAUUUAAGGAGUGAGAAACAAAGAAAGGAGGAAAUCCUGAAAACCACCUGUUUCAUCUGUGGUUUGGAAAGGGACAAAUUUGACAACAAGACUGUGUCCUUUGAAGAGCACAUCAAGUCUGAGCACAACAUGUGGCAUUACCUUUACUUCUUGGUUCUGGUGAGAGUGAAGGAUCCCACUGAAUACACCGGUCCAGAAAGCUAUGUUGCCCAGAUGAUAGCGGAAAAGAACUUGGAGUGGUUCCCCCGAAUGAGAGCCAUGUCUCUGGUGAGCAACGAGGGGGAUAACGAGCAGAAUGAGAUGCGAUCUCUGCAGGAGAAACUGGAGAGCACUGUCACCCUGGUAGCUCUGCUCUCUGCCCAGCUGUCUGAGCUCAAGGAGCAGAUGACUGAGCAGAGGAAGCACAAGCAAAGGCAAGGAUUGCUGGGACCUCCGCAGACUAAUCAUCACAUCUCAAACCACUGAGGGUCCCGUAACUCUCACAGGACGCAGUGGAUGGACUCGUGAGAAAAGACAAUAUGAAAGCAUAGAUACGCACCUGUAGUUACUUGGCUGACAGAUGAUUAGUCACUAAGUGCCUUUUGUAUGACACAGCACUCCCUUUUGGGACCACAUGCUCACCAAUCUGCCGUUUGAAGCAAACUAUACAGGUUGUCUGCACCCUUGCAUGCAGAGUGGUUCGACUCUGUGAAAGAUGGAGCUGACUUGGCACACAUCUGCCAGUGUGGUGUUAGUGUGCCCGAUAGACGGUGAAGGGAAUUGUUAUAGUAAGGUUAGUUCUUUGCUGUCUCAGCCCAAAUGGCUCAUUUUCUUGAUGUUGUCAGAAAGUGUACUGCUGGUACCCAGAUCCAUACUUAACUGUGACCUGGAAGGUUUCCUUAUUCAUUUUAGAUUUCUGGUAAGGACAUUUUAAUAACUGGAGUAUUAUUAUUAUUAUUUUUUUUUUUUUACAUUUUGGAGUUGUAAUUUUUGCUGCCUUACUCAUCAUGUUUUAAAACUGGAUUUUGAAUCGUUUAAAAUGCACAUUUUUUCUUACGAAAGGGAGAAACUUGGCCAAUUUAGGGGUAAUACCUUUGACUAUGAUGCAUUCACUGCAAUAUUUUUUUUCUUUUUGAUUUAUUCACAUUUUCACAGAGUAAUAAUUGAAUGUGAUAAAAUGUAUAGCUUGUUACUUGAAAAUAUUCUACGUCUAAAUUGUACUUUGGCAUAACGUGACUGGAGACAAUAUGAACAUUUUUAUUGGGAUGUCAGAUAAGUAAUAUACUAUAUGUUUGUGUGUGUUUUCUUCUACUUUCUUAAACUUUGUCUAUUUAAAUAAAGUGUAUAUAAAAAUGUAA